AUGAGGACGGCUCUCGUGCUGAGCAGCGUCGCUUUAGCGUUACUUGCGCUUGCGCAUGCCAGGGAUUUACGAGACGCAGAUCUCGAAACCGCUGCUUCCGGUCAUCAUCAUGAAAAAGGUGGUGGCAAGGAACAUCAUCACCACCACCAUCACGAGCAUGGAGGCAAAGGGCAUAAGGGAUACAAAGGCCAUCAUCACCAUGAACACGGCAAAAAAGGUCACCACCACCAUGAGGGUCACAAGGGCCACCAUGAAGACCACGGUGGACACAAAAAACAUCACCACCACGACGAUGGCCACUAUCACCACCACCAUCAUGGCGAGAAAGGUGAAAAGGGUCAUGGCUUCGAAGAAAAGGGACACUUUCACAAAGGUCACUCCACCAAAGGGCAUCAUGGCAUCCACAAACUAGAUGAAUUUAAAAAGAACAAACACUUCCACGAUAAACACGGAGAGUCUGGAUUCCACGAAGGUUAUGGUGGACAUCACGACGAACACGGACACAAGAAGGGUGGGCACUUUGAUAAAGGACACAAACACCAUGGCCAUCAUGAACACCAUCACGGCAAGAAGGGCUUCCACGAAAAGGGAGGACAUCACCACGAGCACAAGGGACACCACGAUGAGGGCGGUCAUCACGAGCACCACCAUCAUCAUGCCGGGCAUGGUAAAAAAGGUGGUCACGAAGACCACAAGCAUUGGGGCUUCAAAAAGGGACACUAA